AUGACACAGCAUUACAUUUUCAAGUUGAACUGUUGUAGUGCAGCGGUGGGCGCGAAAUUGAGAUCCGAAGAAGAAGCUAAUAAUUCUAUGGAAAGUGAACUGAGGACGAAAGAAAGAGAUCUUGAUCGAGUUAGUCAGGCUCUCCAGCAAGCAAUCAAUAGUGAAAGGCAACUUGUGAGCGAAGUAGAACAAUUACGAGAGAAAAUAUCAGAGCUCUGCGGCUGUGCUCCUCAAAAUGUUGAAGACAAUUUGUCGGAAACGCGUCUUCUACUCUCGAAAUCACGAAAGGAACUGGCUUCAUUGCGAACCAAAGCC